UGAUCAGUGCAGCAUCGGCGAUCGUCAACAAUAGCAGCACAGCAGGAAAACAAAGCACACCUAUUUUCUUCGCCUCAUUCUGCUGUCGCGUUUUACAUUUCGAAUGUUUUUCUUUUACCCUUUUAAUAAGUAAUUAAAUGGUUAGGCCGCAGUGUGUUCAAUGAGUGCGUGUCGUUUGGUGUAAUUACACGCCCGUGAAUGGCGGUCGUGCUGUUGCUGGGCUGUGUAGCGAUAAAGAUUUUACUGCCCUUAUGGUUAAUGCGCCUGUCUAACGUGUGACAAUUUGGUGGUGGUAUAUUUUUUGCUCCUGCCUAAGCAUUCCGCACGUCGAUAGUGAAUGGGAAUAUUCUAGUGCGUCGUGAUCUCGCUGUCGUGUAAUCGCAUAUGUAAAGCAAUGUUUCGGCACAGGUUCGAGCUGAAAUCUCCAGCAAGAAGGCUGCCUUAUUCUGCUCCCAUAUACUGCAUUGUGUGCUUGGUCUAGUGGUCCAUCCGGGGGUUGAAGUGUGUAAUAGUGCUAAAGUGUUGUCUGUUUAGUUGGAACGCACUGGAAGGAAGCGAUGGGUGCGUUAUAAAUGAAAUGUUAUCUAAGUGCUAUUUGCUACGGCAAUCAGCUGUCCAAUAGUACGGAAACAGUUGAAGUGGAGUGAAGCAAGAUACCACACAACCAUCAUUGCCAUCGCAGUUAGCAGCAGUUCUAAGGUAGUGCAUGGAAUUAGUGUAGUGCGUUUAGCGUGCGAGCACAAACACACCUACACCUACAAUACACACACAGCCACAUACCCCCGUGAAGGGGGUUGCUGCUGCUGCACAGAACAUGGAUGUGGAAUCGGACGGAUCGGAACGGUGGGAGGAUUUUUUCGGAAGCAGCACCGAUAUCGGCCCAUCGGUACUGGGCUACUUGGAUACUCUAGCCAAUAACUUCAGCGAAGAAGCUAAACAACUAGUCGAAUCGUCCAACAACAAACCCCAACCACCGCCACCCGAAGCGCUGAAAAGCAUUGCUCAUGCGAUCAAACAAGAAUCCACGGACGUGUUCAACAGCGCUGGGCAAUCGGGAUUGACUGACGGUAAGACAGCUAGUGUUGGAGCACCGCGCUCCAACGUAUUCAGGUCAACUGCAGCUUCCCCGAGCUCCGAUUUGAAUGCAGGAAGGGUGAAAAAGUUUUCCGAUAAAUUCUUCAACCUGGUGUCACCAAAUGUGCAACGGAUGGUGUCCAACACAGCAGAUACGAACGGUAGUAUCUUAACUAGCAGCAACGGCGAGACGGCCGCGUCAGCUGCGCCAUUCGUCCGCAACCAUGUCCAGUCCGCUUCGUUCAGCGCUCCUAGUCGAAAGCCUUCGAGAAACCCGUCGGCCGCUGUACCAUCGCAAGUAACGCAUCACAAGCAGCAGCAACUACCGCUGUCGAAAAAUAUCGCCAAACUUACACAUGUGAACAGUGAACUGAUCGAUCUCUUCAUCGGCGAUAUAAACUCCUAUGCCCUGAACAGGCACUAUCGGACGACGAGGGUCGAAAGUCCCGGUGUGGGAGAUAACACACCGAGUGCAAUGGCGCUGGAUACGGUGACUGGAACCGUAAUGGAUGGCAAUGGAAACAUUGCUACGGAAAAACACUUUACCCCAGUGGAGGAACUACAGAACGUGUCUGCAUUGCAGUUAAAAAUUCAAUCACUUACGGUAGAUUUAGAAAAAUCCGAUUCUUCCGUCGUCUCUACUAAUGGAGCGACGGAUAGUGACCAACUGGGCAGUCCUGUUGUCACUCCAAGCACUGAUCCUACCGAAGGUAGAGAUGUUGUGUUGAGAAAUGAAAUAAACAUGGAAGAUGCAUUCGUAGAAAAUUGCACCAACGCGGCAACGGAGCAUCGUAAUACCGUGGUAGAGGCGUUCAAUUACUAUCCCAAUCUUGGUCGAGACGUUCCGACCGGCGGUCAGCCAGACGAUCGGCUGACGACGUUGGCCGAUGCACGGGCAAAAUUGCUUGACAGCAACAAAAAUUGUAAGGUGUCCGUUCCUAACUCACCCAAAUUGACCACGCGCGUCAAUAUUGAGCAUUGUCCGUCAACGUCGACGCCAAGCCUGGAUACGACCACCAGUGGAUCACCGUACUCUAGCAAAGCAUCCUUGGUAAUUCCACCGAAUACGCCAGUGCUCAGCUCCAGACCACUCUCGGCGUCGUCCAUUUGCUCGUACUCGUCCAGUACUAGCAGUUCCGGUUCGGAGCUACAUCUGCCUGGGGGCAAAGGUAGUGCGCCAGGAUCAUACCAAGCAAGCGUGGAAAGUUUGGCCGAUCACAGCGAACCCGAGCAUAAUGGUAACGUUCUGCGGCAUUGCGAAGGAAUGAAUGAGCUUGGAUCGCCAAUCAUUACCUUUGUUGCCGGUAUGACAAUGUGCGAACGGGCGGUUCGGGAAAUAAUCGAUUCCGAAAGCAGCUAUGUAAAGGAUCUUGGACAGGUCAUAAGAGGCUAUCUGGAGGAUUGGAAAGAACGGGCAUGUCUUAAGCACGAUCAGCUGAAGGUACUGUUUAGCAACAUUCAGGAAAUAUAUGAUUUCAACUUUAAGCUACUUAACCGGCUCCGGGAGGCGAAGGGUGAUCCGGUUACGAUUUCAAACUGCUUCAUCGAUCUCCAUGCGGAAUUCAGUUGCUACACUACGUAUUGCACAAGGUAUCCGGAAGCCAUUUCACUAUUAACGACACUACUGCAAGCGACGCAUACGAAUGCGCUGCUUGUGUCAACUCAGAAAAUGCUGAAGCAUACACUCCCGUUGGGGUCCUAUCUGUUGAAACCCGUGCAGCGGAUUCUAAAGUAUCAUCUACUGCUCGACAAUCUGCGUAAACACUACAACGAUCAACAAGUGGCGUUGGCCCACGAGCUGAUGAAGAAAGUCGCACACAAUAUCGAUCAGGUCAAAACAAAGCUGGACCAGGCGCGAUUGGUAAAAGAGCUGGCGGGCAUUCUAGACGGUUGGCUUGGACCCGAUCUGUCCGUGUUGGGUGAUCUGUUACACGAGGGGCGUCUACUGGAGCACUCCAAGCCUCGCAUCGUGCUACUGUUCCAAACAAUGCUCAUCAUAGCAAAGCCAAAGGAGGACAAAAGACUUCAAUUUCGCGCCUACAUACCGUGCAAAAAUUUAAUGCUGGUAGAGCAUUUACCGGGCGAACCGAUCAGCUUCCGUGUGAUCCCGUUUGACGAUCCCAAAGGUGCACUGCAGCUUACGGCACGCAAUCGCGAUGAAAAGCGCCUGUGGACGCAACAGAUUAAGCAAGCGAUGCUACAACACUACACCGACAUACCAACGAGGGCCAAAGAGUUGGUCCUGCAGCUGGGAGAUGAAGAUGAACGUUUUACAGAUAAGCAGUACUGGAAGCGGCCAGCUAAUAACUCACCUAUUCCGGAAUACCUGGAACGUCGUCAGCAAUUUCGUCGCAGUGAGAUGCGGAUGAGAUCGAAGAAAAAUCUGCUAAAAAAAGAUAAUCCAUCUGCAACAUCUGUCAACGGACUGUCGACCCCAUCGUUCCGGUCGUAUUCUAACGAUUUGGAAAGUGUGUCAGUAGUUGUGCCGCUCGACCAACAAAACCAUGAAUCAUCUACCGAGGACUGCAAAUGUGAUGCGGUGAAGCGACAGUUGCAAGAGGAAAUAAAAACGCGUCCCUCUGCCCCUUCCAAGAAGCAAUCUUCUCCACCACCCAAACCUGCCCGUAGCCGGUCCGAGACUAGGGUUGGACCGGCAGAUGAUGAGGAGGAACGAUUGCUGAAAUCGUUGUACGAGCGAAGAAAGCUAUCCGCACCGACGAGACGCGGUUCGAAGGUUAAGGAGAGCUUCGCCAGUAUCCGAUCGUACAACAGCACCAUGAUACCGAAGCGGAUCAGCGAAAUACGCAAACGGCGCCCGAAAACUGUAACGAGUAGUUCCACGUUUUACACGGAUCUGGAAGUGAGCAGUGAAACGGGUGUAACGGAUCCAGAAAACACUGUAGAGCCGUCAGCUGCAGGACCCGCGUGCAGUGGAUCGAAUGAUGAUGAACCAACGACUAAAUCAACCGCAACCGAUCCAGCGAUCUAUGUUGGAGAAGAUCGUCAUCAGGUCACACCAUCGCACACUGAAUCGUGCUUGAACGAGGGUGAAUGUGGUGAGCAGAGAAAAGAUUCAGAAAUCAUAUCUCAGCUUAUUCUGGACGUGGAGCAGUUCAAUAAGGUACUAAACAAACCGUUGACGAAAAAGAAAUCGUUCGAUGCAUCUAGUUGUACUCGUCCGAUCGGUUUACUGAAUCCGGAACGGAAACCUGAACCUCCGAGCACGGAGCCACCGUGUGAUGAGGAGUUGGAGGUGGAUACUACUACCACCGAUGAGAAUGGCUCAUCUCACAGCCCCAAAGAUCAAUCGCAAAAGGAUAUCGUUUCUGGUUUAGACGAACCGGAACCGAUCUACGAAUCUUUGCUCCGCAACGUACACGUACCGUACAAGUAUGCGCCGCCAUGUUUGGCGAGACAUUCGUUGCCGUGUGGUGAAGGUAGCGGUAGUAGCAUGGUUUGCAAUGGGAAAACUUCGGGUCAAAACUUUACCGACAAUCAGUUUGCUAGAAGAACACGUCCAGAGUCGGACUAUGUGACAUUAGCGUAUUCGGAACUUGGUUUGCUGGAAGGUAUUGUUAGCGAGGACGCCAUGAGUUUGCAUGUUACGAAAGCGACCAGUCAGCACAAAACACCUCAGUUGCUCCGUAACAGUGAUACCAACAUUAGCUACCAUCGAGAAUCGAGCAGCCAGAAAAAGGAAUCGGACGAAGAAGAAAAAACGUCCCAGCCUCCAACAUCUCCCUUCGGGGCCAGUGGACCGGAGGAGUCUUGUUCGUUGGAACAGCCGUUUCUCGAACGACAAGGAAGUCUCAGCAUGAAGACAACGGCACACAAGAGCUUCCUACAACGGUUCAUCUCGAUGCACUCUUCAACCUCCACAUCCAUCGCAUCGUCCACCACACUGGGCAGUGAGGGCAAUUUGCUGCAUUCACUACAGCGCAAACUUUCCGAGCCAAAUGGCGGUGGUUCGUUCGGUCACAUCUACAAACAGGGCAGCAUCGAUUUGGGAUCACGCAUUGCGCAUCUGGACUACGCCGACCCAAAGACGCUAUUCUGCCAACCGUUGUCAGCGUCCACCACGUCUACCACGGGUCUCGCGGUUCUCGCAAGUGGCGCUAGCGGAACGAACCAGAACGUGCUCAUCAACCGGGCAUCGAUGCAAUCGGUAAACAACGAUCAGCAACGGGACUCGGUGCUGGCAUCGAGCUCCUCCAGUGAUAGUGUGUGUGAGGACACCAGAAAGAUGGGAUUGUACACGCAGGAAGCCAACAACACCGUGUACGAUGAUGAUGAACAGUGCUGCUUCUACGAGCGCACAGUUGAGGAGUGUCUCGAGCAUGAUUUCCGCGAUUCGGCAGUUUACAGUGGCGAUGACAAUGAUCGGCAACGUGCAAAUAUUGGCACAUCCGAACACCAGCAUCAUCUGUACGAAGCACUGGCUCCUGUUACAUCUCCACGCGCUAAACAACGAGCCUCGGGAGAGGGUCAUCAACGGAAUUCGGGUCCACCACCGCCAAUCCCGGCCAAACCGGCGCAUCUUGGCCAAUGUAAGCGUCAACCGGUGGCAGUCAUUUCAAACCCGUCUGCAGUAAAGCAGCCAACCGCCACCAAUAGUCGAGGUUGGGUUUUGCAGCAGGUUCGACGAUUUCAGUAAACGGUCACGGAACGAAGUAUGGAAUUCGAUUUAAAAUGCUCGGUAGAAUUAUUACAUGUUUUAGUGUAAAGGAAGUGCCUCUGCCGCACCGCGUAUCUUUGUUGAUAGUGAGAAAGAGAGUGCUGCUAUAGUAAAGGCGAUUAUACAGCAACAUAGGGGCAGUGGUAGCAUAAAACGGAUGGAGCCAACAUCCGUCUACAGAUUUCUAGAACCACUCUUUCUCGGAAGUUGCCAAAGAAAUGUAAUUUCGAUCAAUUUAAUUGAUGUAAACUAAUAGCCGUGGAUGCGUCAAAUUAUUCCGCCCGGCCCUUGGACUGGCCCCGUUUGUGGCCGUUUAUGUGCGCUUCCACGAGUGCAAUACAGUUUAGUAACAUUAGCUAGAGCCCUCAGUGCAAAAAGGUCGGCUCUGUGCAGCACUUUAUUGUCGUAGAAGUUAAGCCACUGUAUGUUUUUAUAACACUGUAUUUAUCUGCAGUUUCAUGCAAUUUUUAUCAUUCAAUAGAUUUUUAACCUUCUUCCUAUGCACAGCACAUCACAGCGCCGCAAUAUUAGCGGUGGAAUUCUGCGCGUGAACUUAAUGUGUAACGCAGGAAUAAAUGUUGUGCCUUGCGUAUCUGAGUACGGAAGAGAGCAAAAUAUUUUAUUUGUAAUUUAUUAUGUUCGAACAUCACCACCUGUCAUGCUUUGUCUAUAUCCCCACAGAGCCUUGCGAAGGCAUGGUAUGGCAAUAGAAUGAAAUAGCAAAUGAACUAACGCAAUUAAUUAAAUAAAUUGGAUGGAAUUUUAA